AUGGCACUGCGCAAAGCCUCUGGAGAAGCCCAGAGCUCCUCCAGAAGGAAGCAAGGACUGCUUGAGCAGAGGUUGUUUCUUUUCCAGAUUCCCGUCCAUGCAAGGACAGGAAUGAACAAUAGCACAGAGGUGGAUUAUCCCCCCGAUACCUUGAGCAUCGGUGUCAGUCCACCUUGGCGCAUGAAAGAUGUGCCAGUAAUUGUUGUAGUCACCGUCUUGACCUGUUGCUCUUUCCGUUUCUGUCAAUCCCUUCCAGGGGCCCCACAAACCAUCAAACACCUGGUUUUCCCUAGCAAAACAGGUGGUUCUGGUAUGUGA